CAGUGGGUGUGAUUUCUACUGUGAAUAACAUAACAAAAAACAUUGAAUAGUUAUCUCUCAAAGAAUCGAGAACAGUAUACGUCUUAUGGAUCGCAGAGUUGGAUGCUGAUUUGGUGAAAGAAUGAAUCAAUUUCUUCGUCUAGUGUUUAUCCUCAUAAGUGUAUUACAUUUUUUAACAGCAGAAAAAUUGAUUAGAAAUCACAGAACUAAAAGACUCGCCGAAUUUCCUACUGUUAAUUCUUCGUCAGUGAUCAAAAAAGCUAAUCUCAGUAUUCUCGAUUUCACUGAUAAUGUCAACCAAAUUUUCGUGGAAACCAAUAACGACCGUGAAGAACUCAUUGCCCAUUUUGAGCGAAUCGAACGCCAGCUGGAUGGACUUAAAGACGACAUUGAAUCCAUCCACAGAGAAAUCAAAACACUUGGCGUGACUGCCGGUUAUUCUGUCCAUGAAGUCGAAAUCAAAUACUGUCUGUCGACUUUUCGCCAAUAUUUGGAACAUCCGGACGAUGAACACACACGAGAUGUUUUCUAUAAACAAGCCGUCACACUUCCUAAACACCUUGAAGCAUUAAUCGACGGUCUGUUGGGUCAAAAUGCCUUCAAUGUUGACAUUAUGGUCGCCUUGCGAGAUGCUAUUCAAUGUCACGGCCGGAAAUUAAAUCAGAAAAUGAAUUCAAUGAUGGGAAUCGUUCAAACCGGUCUUUGGGUGUACGUCAAAUACAAUCAGAUGAGGAACAUCUCCGACUUAUCGCGUUCUUCGUUCAAGAAAUCAAUAAGCGAAUCGUUCAACAAGUUAUCCAACAGACUCCAAGGUGAGGUUCACAAAUGUCGGACAAACGAACGAAACAUUAAAGAAGAAAUGCGUCGCGUCAUCGAGUCAAAGUCGGCCAGCAAUCGGAAAGAAGUUGCCGAAACUUUGUUCGAUUUUCUCGUCGACAAAUACGACACCCGAAAGUGGAUUGUCGUUAUCCUACCACAAACCGGAAGCAAAAACCAAAUUUAUUCCGCUCAAUCUGGCGGAUUUCACACGGCUUCAGCUAAUGGCACCUUUGCGGCCGCCAUAUCUUUAGAGCAGACCUUAUCGCCCGAAAUGUCAACCCAAAUCGACGCCCAUUUGAAAAAUUUUGAAUUUCCGAUGGAAACGUUUAGCAACAUGAAUCGGUUUCCCAUUAAACUAGGGUAUUCUCUGAGACCGAAGAAAGAAGCUCACGAUGUCCACAAACAUCUCAUCCGGCAUUUGGCUCCGCUGAGAACCAACAGUCAACUCAUCAUCGAAUCGCUAGUCGUCGAGACCCCGUGCACACCGUCGAUGGAAAAGAUUAAAGAUUUUGUCAGCAUAGUGGCCUCCAACAGCACGGAAAAUAUGCAGUUCACUAAUAACGGCACUUGCAUUAACCACAUGGUUUUGGUCGUACCUGCAUUGAGACCAACCUUAAUAAUCACAAAUGCUCUCACAUCCGCAGCGAUAUCCGAUUCGCCGUCAUCCGAACGGUUGGACUGGCAGUGCAAUUUAAAUGAAACGGACUCCGACGACAAUCGGAGCAAUCUUCUGCGGAACGAGUUCGGUCAAGCCUUUCUGUCGGUGCAAGGUGACUCCAGUCUAGAAGCCGCGUCAAUUAUUUUGGAAUCGGAAUGGAAAAAUUCCACCGGGCAGAGAUGGCGAUUUGUGGACAACCAAUUGAAAAAUGAUUUCGGCAAAUGCUUGACGGCCUGGAAGGAACAGUCGUGGUACCUUUACCAAUACGAUUGCCAUUCUGACUGGGCAGGGCAGAAAUGGUAUCGCCACGGUUUCCAAAUCGUCAACGGCUUCAACAUGUGCUUAUCUUACGAGGGUAAAAAAGACGGGAAGUUGAUGUAUGUUGUUCAGGAUCUUUGCGAUUCCACUCCGCCGUUCUUGUGGUACGAUUGGGACUCGGUUUGCUGGGAAGCAAUAAUCACUCUGUCAGCUGCUGCCAACGAGAGCCGAGCUCUACGCAACGAAUUUUCCAAGAGCUAUUUAAGUGGCUACAAGGACGAAUCGUGGGCCAAGCACGAACCGUGGAGCAAUCAGCCGGGACAGAAUUGGGAGUUUGUCAAUGGCCAAUUGAGGAACGGCAAUGGCAAGUGUUUGACAGGCAAGGGAUGGUACGUCAACCAAGUGGAUUGCAUGGAUACUGCCAGCGCUAAAACGUGGACUUAUAACGAGAAACGGCAAAUCGCUAGCGAUGAUGGAUACUGCUUGGGUGUCGGAAACACGGAUGGCUUUAUCGUUUAUAACUAUUGCAAAGAUGAUCCUGAAUACCGCUGGUGGUAUUAAUUCAUGUCGCCAGUCGUAUCCCAAAAUAUUCAACCCCGAUUAAUUUGUUGCAUACUUUUAUUCUUUUUUGUUGCAUACGUGGUAUUAAAGGAGAUUUACCAACUGCCGAUAGCCCGCUACAAAUAUAUAGCUGUCUAGAUAAAACGCAGAGUGGAAUCCACUAUCUUUCAAGUGGCCAACAAAAAUCUAAUCGAAGUUUAAUUACUCAUUUACUUUGUGUAUGCUGGUACAUUGAAAAAAAUCCCUGUUUUAUUGCUUUUUAAUUCUAAUUGUUUUUACUUAUUUUUUUUUUUACGUCUCCGACUUGCCAAAUACCUUCAUUAUGUAAUUCCCAAUUCGGCCUCGACCAUAGGCUUUGCUGGGGUAAAUCCAUCAAUAUUUCAUAAUACAUAAUAUACUGAAGUCAACCUUUAA